AUGUCUGGAGAAAAGGUGAAUGGCGAUGAACUCUGGCAGGACAAAGAUAUACGAUUCGAUGUGGAUCACAGGUGGGAAAGCGAUCUCAAGAUUUUUAGUGGUCCAAAAUUCAUUCUAUCUCAGAAUGCUGCGUCUUGUACCAGGUGAAA